GUUGUUUUUAGAUUAUGUGCUGUUGUCGUCGUCUUUUGUACUCAGUUCCGGAUUCUUGGCUUGAUUUGGCAAAAGUUUGCUCUUUGCGGCUCUUAUUAUUAUUUUUUUAUCUAAUUUUCUUUCCCUAACUUUAUCACAGAGGGGGAUUCUAUACAUUUCUAUUUACAGAAAUAUUCUCUCACUGGUGUACCUGAUUUUUUCUUCAUUUUCUUUUUAUUAUAAUUUGUUUCCACUUUUAUUGAAGCAAGAUAGUUUUUUCAUGAUCUGAAGCAGUCAGUAGACACUUGCUUUCUUCAAUUAAUUUUCCUCUCUGUGUUAUAAUUACACCUUUAUCUCUCUCUCUUUCUUGUGGGUUGAUUUUCUGUGACCAAAGAUCCCUCCUUGAUUUCUUGCAAUCAAGAUCCACUAUUUUACAUUGACGUAACUCCAGAUCUUCAAUUGAUAUUCUUCCUUAUGAAAGGACUUCUUUGGGGUGAGUUGAAGUUUUUUUACUUGGUGAAGAUGACUCGGAAGAAAAUCCAGAUCAAGAAGAUAGACAACACAGCUGCAAGGCAAGUUACUUUCUCAAAGAGGAGAAGAGGGCUUUUCAAGAAAGCUUAUGAGCUCUCAACUCUAUGUGAUGCUGAGAUUGCUCUCAUGGUGUUUUCUGCAACUGGCAAGCUUUUUGAGUACUCAAACUCAAGCAUGGGGCAAGUGAUUGAAAGGCGCAAUCUGCAUCCAAAGAACAUCAACACGCUCGAUCAACCAUCUCUUGAGAAACAGCUUGAUGGUGGUGUGCAUGCCAUGCUGAUCAAAGAAAUAGCAAAGAAAAACCGUGAACUGAGGCACAUGAGGGGAGAAGACCUACAAGGAUUGGACUUGGAAGAACUACAGAAAUUAGAAAAAAUAAUGGAAGGAAGCUUGCGUCGCCUGGUGGAAGAAAAGGGGGGUAAAAUUAUAAACGAGAUCGAUGCUCUCAAGACCAAGGGGGAGCAAUUAAUAGAAGAGAACCAGCGAUUGAAGCAACAAGUGAUGAGUUUGUUAGCAGGACAAGGGCAUUUGCUCGAACCAGGCCAGUCCUCAGAUUCUUUGGUGACCAAUAUCAGCAGUAUGGGCUCAGUUGAUCCUCGCCAGGACUGUGACAGCUCUUGUGCCUUUCUCAAACUAGGGCUACCAUUUCCUGAUUGAAUCUGGGAGAUGGAGGGUUCUAUCAAGUGUUUAAUGCCCUAGCAGUCAUCCAUUUAACUUAAUUAAUGGUGUGUUACUAUUGCUUUCAAAUACAAUUUCAUCUUUGCUUGUAGUUAAUAAAAUUCCUGUGAGCCCUUUACAUGUCUGCUUGUUGAUUAGAGAAAUUUGUAGUGUUGUGUGCGCGCGCGCCCGGGUCCGCGUGUAGAUGAACCAAGGCUUCUCUUGUUUCCUUAAAUUAGGAGGAAAUGAGUUGUAGCUAGUGGAAGGAGGAGUUGUAUCCCUUUUUAUGGUAUUGUAGCAGAUUUGGAUGAA